AUCACCAAAGAACAAAAUGUCUAGGUGUUUUAUCUUGUUGAUUUUUGUUUUUAGUACGUCCCAGUGCUUUCCUACAUGCAUAAGAAAAACACUUUAUGGAAAAGUCCGCGGAAAAAUUACUCUCCGCGUCCCGCAAGUAGAAGUGGAGGAAUAUCUUGGUGUUCCAUAUGCAUCUCCUCCGACGGGUUUUUUACGUUACAAGAGACCGCAGAAGCCUAUAAAAUGGAAUCCUCGCAUUUUAGAAACAACCAAUCUUCCACCAGCAUGUCCCCAGUUGGAAGUGGACUCCGUACAAUUUCAUAAGCCAGGGUUUAACAACUUUAACGAAGAUUGUUUAUAUAUGAAUAUUUAUGUACCAAGAGUCAAUAAAAGGGCAUUGCCGAUUAUGUUAUUUAUACAUGGAGGUUCUAAUAGAAAAGGAAUGGGAGCUAUGUUCGAUGGUGACAUUUUAGCUGCACAUGGAGAAAUAAUUGUUAUCACAUUCAAUUUUAGACUCGACAAUCUAGGAUUUUAUGCUGAUCCAAGUAAUGGUGUAAAAGGCAACAAUGGUCUUAUCGAUCAAGUAUUGGCUAUGAAAUGGAUACAAAGAAAUAUCAAGUAUUUCAAUGGUGAUCCGUCUAAAGUUACCUUAUAUGGACAUAGUGCUGGAGCUGGGGAUGCUGGUCUUCAUUUGUUAUCAGAUUUGACCAAAGGUUUAUUUAGAAAUGCCAUAAUCCACAGCGGAGCACCAAUUUCGCACUGGUUUCUUUCAACGUGUAUACAAACCAGUAGAGAAUCAAAAACUCCAGAAAACUGUCGACCAGGUACCAGUUUGAUCACAACAGAGCAACAAAAGGAGAAUUGGGUUGUCGUUGAUGGGGAAUUUCUAAAAGGCAGUCCCGAAAAACUUUUUACUUGCGGGAAAUUCCACUCUGGAUCAGUAUUAUUAAUGAUGUCCAGGGAUGAAGGACAUCCAUUAGAUAUAUCAACAUAUAAAGAACUAGAUUUAGACCAGACAAUCGGAUGGUAUGCGAAAAAUCUGUUUGCAGAAAGACCAGAUUUUACAGAUAAUGUAAAAAAAGAAAUAAAAAUCUGGGAGACAAUGAAUCUAUCAAGAUAUCCUCAAGCAUUGCAAGUCAGAGCAGAUGUUGGAGUCUUCGUGCCAAUGAUGAAGACCGCAGACAUGAUUUCUGAAAGGCAAAAGAACGUUUACACUCUCAGUUUUGAUUAUGUCUCUCAAAACGUUCCUGGGCCUGAAUGGAUAGGAGUACAGCAUGGGUGGGAUAUAUUUUAUGUAUUUGGUGUACCGACGGUAGGACAUCCAAAGUUCUCAUAUACAGCACGUGAUGCAGAGGUUUCUAAAGUGACGAUGCAACUAAUCAGCAAUUUUGUCAAAGAAGGGAAUUGGAGAUCCUGUGAUUUGAAAUUGAGGAAGUACAAUGCGGAGAAAAAGUCAAUCAACAAACUGGAUUAUGUCAAUGGCAAAACAGUCGUGACAAACGAAAUCAACUUCAAACAACCAAGACUUGACUUUUGGUACAAAUAUUUGUUUCCGUUUAAUUUCAAAUGUCCCCAUAGCUAUAAAGCAUACAAAGGUUAUAUUUAA